AUGAGCCGACAUAAUAGAGACGUCAUCCCCAUUCCAACAAACAUUCCCGACACUCAAAAUGGUGUUACAUAUAAACGACUUCACUACCUGGGAAAAGGCGGUUUUGCCAAGUGCUAUGAGUUCCAGAAUGCUGUUACCGGCGAAAUCGUCGCCGGAAAGGUCGUCCCAAAAACUUUAUUGACGAAGCAGCACCAAAAAGAGAAGAUGAUGCAGGAGAUCGCGCUCCACAAGACGCUAAAGCAUAGAAAUGUGGUGAUGUUCAAGAGCUCCUUCCAAGAUACGAACUUCGUCUACAUUACCUUGGAAAUCUGCAAGAAACAGUCAAUGAUGGAGCUUCACAAGCGACGAGGUCCACUAACUGAGCCUGAAGUCAGAUAUUAUAUGAAGCAGAUCGGCGAAGGAAUGGACUACUUACACAACACGAUGAAAAUGAUUCAUCGGGAUCUGAAGCUGGGAAAUAUCUUCAUUAACAAAAUUCUGACCAAGAGCGGCCACUCCUUUGCCGUCGACAUGUGGUCUUCCGGUUGCAUCAUGUACACGCUUCUUGUCGGAAAGCCACCUUUCGAGACUUCCUCGCUCAAGGAGACGUACAGUCGCAUCAAGCGAACCGAGUACGUCAUUCCCGAGGACACCGUCGGCCCUGCUGCGUCAAAUCUCAUCACAUCGAUGCUGAAAAACAACCCAAAGACGCGUAUCAUGGCGAAAGAAAUGCUCGACCAUGAGUUCCUGACCGAAGGAUACCUUCCCAAAAGGCUUCCUACGUCUUCACUCACUGUGCGCCCGCAUUUCACCGAGCGCCAGAUGACCUUCAACACGACGAAGAAGCCACUGAUCGCCGUCGACAACAUGCCCGAAGAGGAUGAGGAGCAAGGUUACGCCCGGCCAACCAUUCGAAAAUCACUCAUGCCGAGCGACAUGCCUGUCAUCAAGGUGGACCCGAACACCAAGCGCCUCCAAAGAAAGCGCGAAGAUAUCGAUGGGCUCUACAACAUGUUGCAGGAGACCAUUCUGAACGCGGUUCGCAUCCUUCCAGAAAUGCCUGAGGAUGCUGAGCACCCAGCGUCGUCUCCUGUCUACUGGAUAUCCAAAUGGGUUGAUUACUCUGACAAAUACGGCAUUGGGUUUAUGUUGUGCGAUAACUCUGUCGGAGUUUUGUUCAACGACGCCACAAGAGCGAUGCUGCAUGCCAAUGCCAACAACAUGCAGUACCUGGACAAAGAGUUCCAGGAGAGCUUCUUCACCAAGAAUGACUUCCCUCAAGCAGUCAAGAAGAAGGUCUCGCUCAUCGACUACUUCCGCAAAUACAUGAACGAGCAUUUGCUUAAGGCGGGAGCAGCGGCUGCACCUAAGGAAGGCGACGAGCUCUCUCGUCUUCCUUAUCUCCGAACGUGGUUCCGAACUCGAACCGCCAUUUGCCUGUGGCUGUCUAACGGCUCCAUGCAGGUGAACUGGUUCGAGUCACACGAGAAGGUCGUUUUCUGCCCAAAGAUGAAAGCGAUCACCUUGCUCAACCAGGACGGCUCAACGCAGACGUUCCUGGCACGCAAGCUCAACAAACUGGGAAUCACGGACGGCAUGAAGGAGAAGAUCAAGUAUGCCAAGCAAAUGGUACGUAAGUGCCGCGAAGGACUUGAGCAGGAGGAGCAACAAAAUCGACAGCGAAUGAGGGAAAAUCUCCGACCCUGA